AUGCAUUUCACGUAUAGCCUCGCUUUGCCAAAAGGUGUUCUCAUCUCGGCUGAAGUGGACCGCCGUCUCAUCUGCACCCCCAGCGGGACUCGAACCAUGACGAUGCAGGAUGUCAUCUCGCUCCUCCGCCCCAUCCGGGCGCUCGUGGCAAUGUGGCGUAGCGGUCAGCGUGUCGAGAAGGACUCGGGUUCGAGUCCCGACCUCGCUGCGAGUUCGGGCGAGGUCGAAAGUGCAGUCCACUCGAGCCGGGGUGAGGGGACCUAUUGGAGCCGGUUCAUGUGA